AUGGCGCAGACUAUGACGGGCGCUUCACAUAUAGGCCCAUCGCCGCUAUCGGGCAAGACGCCCUUCGUAUCCAAGUGGUCGUCGCGGUAUCGAGGGGCAACAGUUCAAGAUCUCGAGCCCCCCUCAGCACUCUCCCUCAACCCCUCGGACCCCAUCUCACUCGCCCUGAUCUCGGCCUUCGAGCGCGACUAUACGCACCUGACCAUCGUCGACGGCGAGACGCGCGCUCUCGUGGGCUACAUCGCCAUCCCGGCGCUGCAGGCCCAGCUGGACGCCGGAACGGUGCAGCCCGGGGAUUCGCUCUCGAAAGCCAUGGUGCGGUUUCAGCGCAAGGGCAGGAAGUACCGGGUCAUCACCAUGUCGACGCCGCUGGAGGAGCUGGAGGAGUUCUUCGAGGGCGGCGGCCAGAAGCAGGAGUUUGCCGUCGUCACGGACGAGGCGCGGCGGUUCGUUCUGGGAGUGGCUACGCGGGGGGAUCUGGAGGAGUUUGUCAAGAGGCGGCCGGCGUGA